AGAGUGUCGCUCGGUGUGCUCGGUCGAGGAUCUUCUUCAUAUCGUGAGAAUCACAGACACACAUCCACGGUAUCACCGUGUUGCUCCAGAAUCAUCUAGAACUUUCCCUGACGCGUCUAGAAAUUUCCCUGACCAUGAAUUGCUGAGCAUCGUCGGGAUGAAGUCAACCGUCACGCUCGAUGAUGGCCAGACGAAGCUGUGUGCGUGGCCUCCACAACGUCCACGUCGACCCGCGUCGUGGCGGGAUCCCGUCACGAUUCCGCUAUGGACUGUAUUCUUACCUACUGGAGUUCUUUUCCUAGUCAUAUGCCUUAUUUCUGGACUGCACCAUAUUCGAAUCACAAAUCUCGAGCUGAGGAUGCGAGGCAUCGAAUCACAACUUGAUAGCGGUGAUAAGAUCCAGGUUGAGAUGCGGAAUGCCACGUUGAGAAGAAGGAGUCGCAUGAUCCGAAACGAUAGGGAAUGCGUUUGUCCUCCAGGACCACGAGGACCUCCAGGACCCCCGGGUCUUGCUGCCCCGUACUACCGUCGAAAAAGCACUCCAGCACCGAUGACUCCGUUGGAUCCACGUCUUCAACGAAAGUUGCGAGCUUUUGGCAUGUUGUACUCACCCGAUGGACAAGCGAUCCAGCUCCGGGGACUUCCCGGACCUCCUGGACCACCGGGCACCAAAGGCGCCCGUGGAUAUCCUGGUUUUCCGGGCCCAAUAGGUUUGGAUGGCCCCAGAGGCUUACCGGGCACACCAGGGACAAAGGGAGAGAAGGGUGAUCGAGGUCCAGUGGGACCUCCUGGAUAUCCGGGGCAGAAAGGUGAACCAGGUGUCGCUAGGCACGGACAAAUACAGGUGGGAGCUGUUCCGAAUGCGCCACUUAUGAUCCAAGGUCCGCCUGGUCCACCGGGACCUCCUGGUCCUCCUGGAACACCUGGACAUGAAGGGAGACCAGGACCCAAGGGUGAUCGAGGUCUCCCUGGAUUCGACGGCGAAAGCAAGGUCGGGCCGAAAGGAGAUCACGGAGAACCCGGUCGCGACGGCAUACCCGGACUUCGUGGACCACCAGGCGAACGUGGAGAAAAGGGUGAACCUGGAGCUCCAGCUACCUCCAUCUACGGUCACCCUAUCGCUCAUGCCCAUUCGCAACUUAUUCCCGGACCACAAGGUCCGCAGGGUCCUCAAGGUGCACAAGGACCUCCUGGAGUUCCCGGGCCACCAGGGCAACCUGCACCUCCCGCGUUCUGUCCUCCUGGCCCACCAGGAAAACCGGGCAUAGAUGGACGUAUGGGACUCCGUGGACCACAGGGUGAGAAAGGUGAUCGAGGCGAACCAGGUAUCCCAGGACCACGCGGACUGCCGGGAUCACCCGGAGGACCUACCGUAUCCGGCGCCAAGGUAGUCAUGGGACCUCCAGGACCUCCCGGCAGAGACGGUUUACAUGGAGAAAAGGGCGAAAAGGGCGAUACUGGGGCACCAGGACCGAUGGGGCCUCCUGGUCCUGAAGGAAUUCCCGGCAAAAGAGGACGACGAGGAAGACACGGCGAACCGGGCGUAUGCCACCAGAACUGCUCUGGCGGCUUGGACACUCAAAACUUGGAACUUCUCGCUCAUGAAUUGAUGCCUGUACUUAAAAAAGAGUUGAGAGAAAUGAGGAUAAAACAUGGCUAUCCUGGACCUCCUGGUGCUCCUGGACCGCAGGGACCCCCCGGUCCAGUCGGACCUGCAGGAUCACGCGGACCACAAGGCCUUCCUGGACAUUCCGGUGAGAAGGGCGACAGAGGAGAGAUCGGACCUCCGGGUCUACCUGGACAACCGGGUCAAACAUACGAGGUACCUUCACAGAGUGGAGCAGCUGUACCAGGUCCACGUGGUCCGCCAGGACUUCCGGGUCCUCCAGGAGAGAAGGGCGAGCCAGGAGGACCUGGACUUCCUGGCCAGCCAGGAUCGCUGGGAUUGCCGGGUCCACCUGGUCCCAUGGGCAUGCGCGGUCCUCCUGGAGAGGGUAGACCGGGUAAGCAAGGACCGGUCGGACCGAAAGGAGAUGUUGGACCUAUGGGACCUGCAGGAGCCCCAGGACAUCCUGGCUUACCUGGAGAACGCGGUGCUGAUGGAAUUCCAGGUGCAAGAGGAGAGAAAGGAGAUCAGGGAAUCCCCGGUCUUGAUGCUCCAUGCCCCACAGGACCCGAUGGUUUACCUCUACCGUACUGUUCCUGGAAACCUAUGGAUAGCAACGUACGCGUCGACUAUGGUCUGAGGACAACACAAUCGAGCGCACAUCGUCGACAUUCCGACGACGGAGGCGACACGACAUCGGCAAACACUAACACAUUCCGAUCUAACCACUUUAGGCAAAAACGGGGACCAGUGGGAACGGCUAUGAAGGCAUACGGUAUGAAGAACUGCCCUCACAAUGAAUCUCGAAACGUCCCUUUGAAUCUCGCCAUUCUUUCCUAUGGAUUUCGCUAAAUAUCUAUGAAUAUAUGUUUUUGAAUUGUAUGAAUUUUCUUUAUCAGUCUUUACACAUGAUCUUUGUUGUUUGAGUGAACUCAUUUUGUGCAUAUAGUCAUUGUUAUGUUGUGAUUUUGUUUUCAUAUUGCCACUUUCGAAAGCCUACCUUGUCGAAAUGUAAAGUUUUUGAAA